UUUGCGCUUUGCCGGGGUGUGGUGACACUGCUUCUCUGUGCACGUGCAUGCAACGUUUUUAAAUUCUUUUAUUAUUCCAUAAUAAAACCGCCGGGUUUUGACAGCUCUCAUUGGUAGUAUCUAAUUUAUGCUGAGUAACUUUAUUAGGCACUUGAAUUUUUAAAUAUGGAGAGCACAGAUCAGAAAGUUAACGAAUCAACAGAGAUCAGUUCUGAUGAAGAGGCAUACGAUGACAUUGAUGAUGAUGAAGAAAUGGGCGAGGAUGAAGGCGAGUCAACGACUUGCUUGUUUUGUACUAAGGUUUUUCCGGAAAUAGAUCAAGCCAUCGAGCAUUUGAAUAAAGACCACAAAGUGGACUUAUUGCAACUUAAAAAAAAAUUCCAAAUGGAUCAGUAUGCCUUCAUAAAGUUAAUAAAUUACAUUCGUGCUGUUAAAAUUAGUGCAGAGCAGUUACUAUUAACAGACCAGCCGCUGUGGAAUGAUGAAAAAUAUCUAAAACCCUUGGAGUACGAGCCUUGGUUGUGCUAUGACUACGAAGCCAUUAAGACUGAUGCCCCGGAUACAAAUGAAUGUGUGCCGGAGCUGAUGCGACGUCUAGCCGAGCAAGGCAAACUGCUGCAGCAGGCCAGUGAGGAUAUGGAACGCAUGCGUAAUGACUACAAAGCGCUCCUUCAAAAGGUGCACAGCGAGGAUGAGGCGGGUGAAAAGGGAACGUCGUCAACUAGCAAUAGCAUUUUACGCAACGCUCCAACGCUGGAUAAAGAAUAUUUCAAAAGCUAUUCCCAUUUCGGCAUACAUCAUGAAAUGCUCAGCGAUAAGGUGCGCACAAACACCUAUCGUUCAGCUUUACUGAAGAACCACAAAUAUUUAAGUGGCAAGUCUGUUCUGGACGUGGGAUGCGGCACCGGAAUACUCUCCAUAUUUGCAUCACAAGCUGGUGCUGAGAGCGUCGUGGGCAUUGACAACUCUGAGAUUGUGUACACCGCCAUGGACAUUGUUAGAAAGAACAAUGUGAAAAAUGUUAAACUGGUGAAGGGACUGCUGGAGGACACGGAAUUGCCCGAACCCAAAUAUGAUGUCAUUAUAUCCGAAUGGAUGGGUUAUUUCCUGUUAUACGAGGCAAUGCUGGACUCCAUUAUCUAUGCCCGCGAGAAUCAUCUCAAGCCCAAUGGCAUAAUCCUUCCGAAUCGCUGCACACUGCAUCUUUUAGGAAUUAACGAAGAACUGCAUGGACAACACGUUGAAUUUUGGUCGGACGUGUACGGCGUUAACAUGAGUGAUCUUCGCAAGCGAAGCAUUGAAGAACCGCUAAUGGAGGUGGUUAACCCGGAGCACAUACUCACAGAGAGCGAACAAAUAGCCAACUUUGAUAUGAUGACCGUAGAUUUGAGUUAUCCCAAUUUUACAUAUGAAUUUAACUUAAAAUGCACACAAACUGGUAAAUUGGCUGCCUUCGUUGGCUACUUUGACACACUGUUCGAACUGGAGAAUAAAGUGAUGUUCAGCACAUCUCCCGACGAGACGCCAACACAUUGGAAGCAGACUGUAUUCUUUAUCGAUCAACCGCAAGCUGUACAAAAGGGAGAUGUCAUAAGCGGCAAGAUCAGCUCCCGGCGUCAUCAUGGCGAUGUGCGAGCAUUGCGUGUGGAUAUUGAAGCGUUUGGCAAGCAUCACAAGUACACAGUGGAUUGAUUAGUUGGUCUUCAGAUUGUUUUAAUGCAAGAUUUUUGUAGACAAUUGGGAACUUAAGUUUAACAAUAUGUUUAUAAAUUAAUAUGAGUACACGCGGCCAGGUAAGCUUGCGUUGUGCUUUUGCCAAAAAACAUUA